GGAAUCCAACAAACAAGAUAAAAGUGAUGAAGAGUCCCGAAGUUUAGUAGAACCGGAACCAAGCAAACGUCAACAGUCGACACAAAUGAAGUUCAUAAUCCUCCACUAUUCUCCGUUCAAAGCCGUUUGGGAUUGGAUAAUCCUGCUGCUAGUUCUGUACACAGCCGUGUUUACUCCCUAUUCAGCGGCCUUCCUUCUAAAUGAAGACGAAAUCCGAAUGAAGCUAAACAGGGAUGCUGCGACGCGCCUGAAAAACGCCGAGACAAGCAAGGCGGAUCCCCUGGUGAUAAUCGACCUCCUUGUUGACAUUAUGUUCAUAGCUGACAUUCUUAUUAACUUUCGAACUACAUUCCUUCAAAAUGGUGAAGUGGCCAGUGAUCCUCAGUUAAUUGCCAAACACUAUGUGAAAGGAUGGUUCCUUAUUGAUGCUAUUGCUGCCAUUCCUUUUGACUUGCUACUGUUUGGCUCAGGCACAAGUGAUACUAUGACUAUCACUGGUGUUCUUAAAACUGCCCGCCUUCUGCGACUUCUACGCGUACUUCGAAGAAUCGAACAGUUCGCAGAAUAUGGAGCUGCUGUUCUAUUACUCUUGAUGGUAUCUUUCACUCUUAUAGGCCAUUGGUUGGCCUGUAUUUUUUACGCCAUCGCAAACAUGGAACGGCCUCAUUUGAAAGCAAAGGUUGGUUGGCUAGACAACCUGGCCCAAACGUUAAAUGAGCCGUAUCUGCCAAACGACACCACUAGUGGGCCCAGCAUUCGGACCAAAUAUCUCACAGCACUCUAUUUCACCUUCACCAGUCUCACCAGCAUCGGGUUUGGAAACGUUGCACCCAAUACCAAUGCUGAGAAGAUAUUUUCCAUAUUUGCUAUGUUGCUGGGAUCAUUGCUGAGUGCCGCUAUAUUCGGUAAUGUGUCUUCAAUAAUGUUACGGCUCUAUCAAGGAACAGAAGAAUAUAAUGAAAAAACAGAAAGUAUCAAAGAAUUUAUCAACUUUCACCAUUUACCAAAAUCCUUGGCGAAUAGACUGCAAGAAUCAUUCCAACAUACCUGGUCAUAUACAAAUGGUAUAGAUAUGAUGAGUGUUUUAAAAGGCUUCCCUGAAUGUUUACAAGCGGAUAUUUGCCUGCACUUGAACAGAAAUCUUCUCAAUAAUGCAGCGGCCUUUAAAAACGCCAGCGAAGGUUGCCUACGUGUUUUAUCUAUGAAAUUCAGAUCGACGCAUGCCCCUCCGGGGGACACAUUAAUACACCCAGGUGAUAUACUACACUCCAUAUAUUUUAUUGCGUCGGGCUCUAUAGAAAUAUCUAAAGAUGAUAUAGUCAUGGCAAUUUUAGGUAAACACGAUAUUUUUGGUGGCGACAUUAGAGAUAAAGGACCAGAAGGAAAAGCUUUAUAUACAGUUCGUCCGCUUUCUUAUUGUGAUAUCAAUAAAAUCGAUAUUGCAGAACUUAAAGAAAUCCUUAGAACUUAUCCAGAAUUUGCAGGAGAUUUCUUAUUAAAAUUUCAGUUAACUUUUGAUUUAGAGAAGGGAACUUUGGCGCAAAUUAAAACGAAAGGAAAAGUCGAAGAUGAAACGUUACGCUUCAUAAGACAAAAGCGACCUCGACUACAAUGUAAACGUAGAAAUGAAAUUAACGAUGGGAAUUCUCGGAGGAAGAGUCUUUUAUCUGUCCAGUCGUGUUACGCCAUACAACCAAAGCAAAUACCAUCGAUUUACAUAAGAGGACGCACUGCAAGCCGUCAACGCCUAGUUCAAAACGUAACUCUAUCGCCGAUCGGCGACGACCAAGUGACUUUCAUGUCUAUCUGGUAGUGAUGACGAUGACGGAGUUGGAUUGUGGAGCUUUCCGCCGAGAAGGCUAGCCGGGAUAUGAUCGAUGCAUCGAGUGAACUGGACAC